AUUUUGGUUUUUGGAGCUGGGACCGGGUACCUUAGCCAGUAUCUUUUUGAAAACAAAUUUCCCAAACCAAUUCCGUCUUAUCUUUCAGACUCACUCGUACAACUACGAACCCCAAACAGCUGUACAAGUGACCCACCGUCCCCACUGCGUCUUCAGGCACCGUUCACCGCCGUCCACUCCUUCCGUUGCUUCAUGAACUUAGCUUCUUUUCACCAUCUAACACAACCAACACUCUCUGCCCUCUCUCCACUCCUACUGAGCUGACCCUGACUCCCAUUGUUAACUGUUAAGAGAGAGCUAUACCAUUCAAAACCCAAUAUAAAAGAUGGCUCAGAUUGGUGCUUGGCAACUUCAAAAGCUGAUAGUUGAUUGGGGAGGCAGUAUCAGAUGCUUCAAACUCUUUGGUACAAACUUCUUAACCCCUCGGAGUGUUGGAGUUGGACUUAAUCGCCUCAACAGCUUAAACAAACCCCGUUUGUGUCCCCCUUUGCUCGCCUUAUCUUCAAAGGGUUAUUGCAUAAAAUCUGGUGGUUUGGAUGCCGAUUUAGCUGGGGGUGUUCAUGAGGAGAGGACUGCAACCCUUUGUGCAAAAGGUACAUUGCAGCAAGGUGGACUAGUUUCUUCAGAUGAAAAGGAUGUAAAUAAUAAUUCUUUGGACGGUAGAUUAAUGCUCAUUGAUGGCACGUCUAUCAUAUAUAGAGCGUACUACAAGCUUUUAGCGAAGUUACACCAUGGGCUCCUAUCACAUGCUGACGGUAAUGGAGACUGGGUGCUGACUGUAUUUACAGCGCUUUCUCUUAUUAUUGAUGUUUUGGAAUUUGUCCCUUCCCAUAUCGCGGUGGUGUUUGACCAUGACGGAUUUCCAUAUGGUCAAACAUAUAAUUCGUCCAAAGAAAGUUUUAUGGCAAAAGGCAGGAAUUUUCGUCAUACUCUUUAUCCCUCAUACAAGAGCAAUCGACCUCCGACUCCUGAUACUAUAGUUCAGGGACUUCAAUACUUAAAAGCAUCCAUCAAGGCUAUGUCAAUUAAGGUUAUUGAGGUGCCUGGUGUAGAAGCUGAUGAUGUGAUUGGAACUUUGGCUCUUAGAAGUGUUAAUGCUGGAUACAAGGUACGAGUUGUCUCCCCAGAUAAAGACUUCUUCCAGAUCUUGUCUCCUUCAUUGCGUCUUCUACGAAUUGCUCCACGUGGUGGUGAAAUGGUUUCAUUUGGAGUAGAGGAUUUUGCUAAACGAUACGGAGCCCUAGAACCUUCUCAGUUCGUUGACAUCCUUGCACUUGUGGGUGACAGAUCAGAUAAUAUUCCAGGAGUUGAAGGUAUUGGAGAGGUUAACGCGGUGCAACUAAUCUCUAGAUUCGGCAAUAUAGAGACUUUGCUGCAACGAGUUGAUGAGCUAAAGGAGGAUCGUAUUAAAAAGACCUUGGUAGCAAAUGCCGAUCAAGCUCUUCUAAGCAAGAACUUGGUGCUUUUACGUUCGGAUCUUCCAUUCUACAUGGUACCAUUUGUCACUGAAGAUCUCAUAUUUAAGCAUCCAGAGGAUAAUGGAGAGAGGUUCAGUAGCCUGUUAACCGCAAUGGGUGCCUACGCAGAAGGAUUUUCAGUUGAUCCCGUUAUCAGGAGAGCGUAUUACUUGUGGAAGAAGCUUCAACGGUGACAAAAUUUUAGCUUGUUUAGUCAAGUAGAACCAUAAAUUCUAUCAAAAAAAAGUAGAACAUGAUGUUUAGGAACCAUACUCUUUUUCGCAAUUGAGAAUAUUCUUGAAAAUAUUAUUACUCAACAAACGUGCAAUUUUUAUUUUAUUGGGUAAAUUAGGCUGAAUGCCUAAUGUUUUCAAA